AGCCAAUCAGAAUACGUAGAUUUAUGCAUGAGACACGACGGUGAAUGGUGUAUUGGAAACUCAAUGUUAAUCGUUCCUAUGUUCAUUUUCACUAACAAUGUUAACACAAGAUUAUGAAUUCUCAUUAUUGACAAUUGAUAUUUUAUGUGAUUGACUAUAGUGGUAAUAUCUUAUUUAUUAUUGUAAGUAUUAUAAUUUUUAAUUUCUUUACGAUACAAGUUUUUAAAUUGUUUUAUUUUUACUGAUUUGCUGCAAUUUGAAUGUUAAUUUUCCAAUACUGAAAUCAAUAAACCUCGAAUAUACACGUUUAUUUAUUGGUAAUCUAUCAAACCGUCACGUUUUAUUAAAUUUUUCAUUGUAUUUAACCUACUAUGUAAACUAAAUAAUUCUUGUUUAUUUUAAGAGAUGUUUUUAAAAACUAAUUGUACAGUUAUAAACAUAUUUUAGUUUAUAAAUUUAAUUAAUAUUUUGUAUUAAAUUGUUAAAAUCAUGUCCAUUACUGUGGAUACUUCUUUCUCGGUACCUCCACCUCCAAUUAAUUUUUCAAUUCCGCCGCCUACAACCAAUACAUUCAUUCCGACAAACUACAGGUUUCAAGGUCCUAUACCUUUAAACAUACGUGGUUCUAAUAUGGGUGGACCACCAAGACAUUCACUAAAUAAAAAUGCACCGCCACUAGAUUUAGAUUUUGAUGGUAAACGCUUGAGAAAAUCUGGUCUUCGUAAAACAGUGGACUAUAAUUCAUCAUUGAUUCGAAUGCUUCAAAAUAGAAUUUGGCAGCGAGACUUCAGAGACAGACCUUUUUUACAACCAGACAUACUAUAUACACCCCAACUUCUACCUCCUCAGUGUUACAUAGAUAAUUCUGUAAGUUCAGUUACUACUGCUUUUGUCAAGACUGUUACUAAUAAAGUACGGUGUCCUGUGUUUUGUUUAGCAUGGACACCAGAAGGUAGACGUUUAAUAACUGGUGCAUCCAGUGGUGAAUUUACUCUAUGGAAUGGAUUGACGUUCAAUUUUGAAACUAUUUUACAAGCCCAUGAUUCGCCUGUUCGUUCAAUGGUAUGGUCUCAUAAUGGUAAUUGGAUGACUACUGGUGAUCAUACAGGUUUUAUAAAAUAUUGGCAAUCAAAUAUGAAUAAUGUUAAGAUGUUUCAAGCACACAACGAAGCUGUUAGAGGUAUAAGUUUUAGUCAAUCUGAUGAUAAAUUCGCAACUUGUUCAGAUGAUGGAACUAUACGUAUUUGGGACUUUUUUACCAAUAGAGAAGAAAAAAUACUUCGAGGUCAUGGGGCUGAUGUGAAAUGCAUUGAUUGGCAUCCACAAAAAGGUCUUUUGAUAUCUGGCAGCAAAGAUAAUCAACAACCAAUUAAACUUUGGGAUCCAAAAACCGGUCAAUCAUUAGCUACUUUACAUGCUCAUAAAAGUACAGUUAUGGAUGUUAAGUGGAAUACUAAUGGUAAUUGGGUAGUAUCUGCGUCUAGAGAUCACUUAUUAAAAUUAUUUGAUAUUAGAAAUCUUUCUCAUGAAGUUCAAACAUUCAGAGGUCAUAAGAAAGAAGCUAGUACCAUUGCUUGGCACCCAUAUCAUGAAAACUUAUUUUGUAGUGGAGGUUCUGAUGGGGCUAUAUUAUUUUGGAAUGUUGGUGUUGAUAAAUUUGUUGGAUCUGUUGAUCAGGCACACGAUAGUAUUGUUUGGUCAUUGGCUUGGCAUCCAUUAGGUGAAGUAUUAUGUUCUGGCUCAAAUGAUUAUACUUGUAAAUUUUGGACACGAAAUAGACCUGGAGAUAAAAUGACUGGGAAAUAUCAUUCAGUAAAUGCAGUUUCUAGCAUGUUAAAAACAGAAAACAUGACAGCUGAUGCACAAUCAACUAUACCAGGAAUGGGUCUUGAAGAUAUUACUGAAGAAGAUUCUAAUAAAUCAUUAGUUGACAAUAAUACUAUACCACUUUUAGAUAUUUCUUCUACUGAAGAACCAGCCAGUAAAGUUCGGCAGAUUAAAAAAAUUCCUUACUCUAAACCAAUUCCUAAAAAUUUCCAAAAGUUUUGGAAUGAAUACAAAACUAAUGAUGAAAUAAUAGAAGAUGAUUCUGAAGAAAAUAUUGGUCCCGAUAGUGAUGUGGUGAAUAAUGUUGUUGAGAGUUUAAUGGAUUUGAUACCAGGUUCAAGACCAGCAAGUGAUCUCAAACCAGAAUCUCUUCUUGUAUAUGGACAAAUGAUAAAAGUAGAUCAAAAUUCACCAUUAGCAAAUGCAAUAAGAGAAGGUCGAGAGUCAUUAAUGCGUCUUCUUCAUUCUGGUGCAAUACCAGAAGUACGACAACAUCUAUCAUUUGAAAGCAACAAAGAUCCAAUUUAUGCAUAUGCUGACAAACACCUCCAAAAGGAUGAAGAUUUACGCAGAAAUCCAUUUAAUAAUGAUGUAAAUGUGAACUUUCCUAAAAAUCAGGAUGUUGAUCUUAGAAUCAAUAAUAAUUUUAACCAAAGUUAUGGAUCUUCUACUAAUUUUCAAACUGUUUCUAAUGAUAAUUUUAAUAGACAAUCUACAACUCCGUCAACUAAUAAAAGUGGAUACAGUCAAUCAACAAGAUCAUAUUACAAUAAAUCCCACCCCUACAAUAACAACUCACAAAAUAAUAGGACAUCACGACAUCACGGAAAUAAUCAAAAUGGUAUACGAAAUGGUCCCCCUAAUUUAAUGGACUCCAAUUUUUCAAGACCAUCCAGUUACAGAUCAAAUUCACAAAGACCGUCUCAAAAUUAUAAUAACAUGUGAAUUGUUACUGAAUUGGGGUACCGAGAAAGUAAAAAUCUAUUACAUGGUAAAAUUUAAUGUACACGUGUUUUGUAAAAUAAUUAUUGUUUAUGUUUUGCAUGUAAAAUAUAAAAUAAUUUCCUUGAUUUAGGUAGGAAUAUUUAAUUCUAUGUCUAUAUUUUUUAGAAUAUCAGUUUUUUAUGUAACAUAUUUUUUUUUCAGAUUAUUGUUAUUUAUACUUGUUUAUUGUUAUAUUGUAUAUACAUUUACAAACUAUUAACCUCUUAAAAAUGAAAAAAAAAAAUAUCUACUUAAAUCCAUAUUUUAUUCCUAUUCCUUUUGCACUUAAAAAAAAAUGUUGGUACUGCAUGUGGUUAUUUUUAUUACAUAAACUCAAAUUUCUAUUUUAGUUAUCUAAAUUGUUUUAAUUUUCCAGGCAGUGUAUUGUAUAUUAAUUAUUUAAAUUAACCUAGAAAAAGAAUUUUUAAUCUCCAUUUUAGUUGUUACAAUAGGUAGGUAAAGUGAAAAAAAAAACAGUAAAUUAUAAAA